CCGUUUUGCGCGUCCGAGGCGUGACACCGGCUUGCGCGUCCACGCAUUCUUUCAAGAGGGCGAUUUCCAUCACGCGCACCUUUCGUCCAAAGCAGGCAUUUUUAGAGGUUCAAGUAACUACAUAUCACCACAAUAAACAACAACAGACGAGGUCCCGAGUUUGUAGGAUUUGUCCGGGGCUUGAUCCAGCAGGAAGCCCGGGGAGGAGAGGAUCAACCCAGGCGGGGGGUGCCAUGGAGGGGAUGCAAGCGUAUGGAGCCGGGAAAGCCGGAGGAGCUUUCGACCCGGUCACCUUUUUCCAGCAACCUCAGACAAUACUACGCAUCGUGUCGUGGCUCUUCUCCAUCGUCAUCUUUGGGUGCAUCGCCAACGAGGGCUACAUAAACAGGCCCAAUGAAGUACAGGAGUACUGCAUUUUCAACCAGAACCAGAACGCAUGCAACUAUGGAGUGUUCAUGGGCUCCAUGGCGUUUCUGUGCUGCGUGGCCUUCCUGGCCCUGGAUGUCUACUUCCCGCAGAUUAGCAGCGUCAAGGACCGCAAGAAGGCAGUAAUGGCCGACAUUGGCGUUUCAGCCUUUUGGUCGUUCAUGUGGUUUGUGGGCUUCUGCUUCCUGGCCAAUCAGUGGCAGGCAACUGACCAGAAUGAAGACCCACUGAGGGAGCGUGGAGACGCCGCCCGAGCUGCCAUUACCUUCGCCUUCUUCUCCAUCUUUACUUGGGGUGCCCAGGCUCUGUUUUCCAUGGAGAAGUUUAAGAACGUGUCCUUUGAAGAGGAAUACACAAAGUUAUUCCCACCACAGCCUCAUCAACCGCUUGUUUAAUGCUACAUUUUUUUGUCAGAUGAUUUUAGCAUUUUCAAAAGCUUAAAGAGACACUCCAGUCAUUUUUUUUUUCUAAAUACAUGAAAUGUGUUUGAAGAUCAGCGGUGAUAAUGUGUGCAGUGGCUGAGAACAGUUAUGUGCUAAAUCUCAGAUUUAUAGCAACAAACUAAUUUUCUUUGUCUCAGCUCCCAGGAUUUUUGGGAAGGCCUAAAAUGGGGUUAAGGACAUCAGCUAGUAUUCUUAGUUUCUCCCCCCCCCCCCCCACCCCAUUACCACCACCACUAAAUAACAACUGAGCACACCAUGUAGUCAGUUGCUUUCCGCCCAGCACAAUUGCAGCUUCCUCAUUUACUUUGCCAUCAAGUUUUUACAACACCAAUCCUCCAAAUACAUAAUUUUUCUCAUGUAUAGUUGUUUUAUGUUAUUUGGGCUUUCUCAAGGUGAAACAAAUUGCAGGUCGUGGGUAAAAAUACAGCGUGACUGGCAGUGAGCGGUGUCUCAUGCAGCAGCGGCCAACAUUGUAUGCAUUGUGGUCAGCUCCAAUUUUGCCAAGGGUCUGCUGAAUUUGUUAUGUUACUUCUGGGGCCAGCAGCGAAAAAAAUGAGGAUCUCUGUCACCAAAAUACAUCUUCUGUCGGGUUCAUGCUAAAUUUCUACUGUAUUGUUUAUACAUAUUUACUGACAGAAAGUGCUACAUGAGGCACUGUUACGGCUUGCUAGCAUCCUGUAUUGGGUCACUGUUCACUGCUGGCCGGCUGGUUCGUUCUUGCUAAGCCCUGCUGAGAAAAGAGAGGCUUCUCCUCGUGUUCACAAAACCAAGCUGGCAUGGUAGACGUGUUCUAUAAACAUGGGAGACAUCUAAACAAAGUAUCCACGUUGUAGUGCUUUGGUAACAAGUAGACAUUUGCCACAGUGGACAUGCCUCCAGCAUCUGAGACCUGAUGGGCCUGCCUUGUUUUUCCACAUUUUCAUUCAUUCAUUCAUUCAUUCAUUCAUUCAUUUUGAAGCUGUAUUCAAUAUAUUUAGCACUUUUUUUAUUCAUUCAAAUUUGUUGGGCUUGUUAACAACUCUUUCCUUUGACCCAGUCAAAUAAUUUAUUUAUAUUGACUUUCACUGGAGUGUCCCUUUAAAACUUAUAUAACAUAUACUGUAUAUUAUUAUUAUAUGUUAUAUAAUAUUUUUAUUAGCAAUAAAAUGAUUAUGUGACGCUUUAUACUACGGUAUUUCCCUUUUGUGAUCUGAUGAGUACUUGAGGUUUAAUGUGAAUUACAAUAAUCCAAAACAAGCUUGGCUUCUAAUUUGUAUUUCGCUUACGUCACAAUAUUGUUAUUCAUGAAUGCAUAUCUUCGACGAAAGUAUUGGGACACACAUCUUAUUCAACCAAGUUGUUAUUUAGGUCAUUGAUUUCUCUUGUAAAUGCAUGUGGCAGUGGUAAUAAUAAUUAGUGAGUGAAACUUAUUUAUGAAGUAAAAUAUAAGUGCACUUUGAAACGUUUUGAGUGUGUAUUAUUUGCAGUCGCGUACAGUAGAUUCCUAUUGCGAAAGCUGAUUUUAUAGUGAUUAAGGAGCCAAUACAGUACAUUCAUUAUAUGACACAUAAAUCGGCCAUGUGUACAUUGUGUGUGCUUUGGAUAUGAAGUACUGUAGUAUGCGAGAUUAUUAAUUAUUGUCUAUUUCUAUUGUGCAACGUCACAUUUGACAUGGAUACCAGGCAUAAGAAAUUUAUAUUGCAGACCAACGCAUGCUGCUAGAUUUUGCUUAUUCCGGCUGUGCUCAUUUUUGUGUAUUUCUAUGGGACAACAUGACAUUUUUAGGUAAAUAUAUGGCAAGUGCAGCCAUCACAUUCAUUAUAAAACAAUCACUUUGCAUGAGUGUACAAUGUGCAUGCUGCUUUUAAUUUAUAUUGAGCAAGAUGGAGGUUAUCAAUAUCACAAAUAAAUGGGAAAUUAACCAUAUGCAUGUAGCAUGGUUACUUGUGCCCGUGUUAACGGUGGAUUUUUAAUUUUACUAGAUUAUGGAUUAUUUUUAGUUGUUCUAUUGUUUUCUAAUGUAAUAGCUAGUGGUUGUGAAUAGCUGGCUAGAGAAAUGAUUGUAUAAUAAUUGAUUAAUCCUAAUAAUGGACAUUUUGAGGGUGUUUAUGAUCUCUAGUUGUUGUGUUUAUUUCGACUGUGCAAGGUACAUUGUACUGGCAAGGACUGAUAGUUUACAGUGAAUAUUUGGUUUAGUACUCAUACUAGCUGAAUACAACUGCCAUAUUUCCUUCACUUUUCACUUAGUUCGGUGUCCCUAUACCAAUGUUCCGUACCAGGUAUGAUUGACAGUGGUGUGCUAAAUUUUCUUGUGAACAAAAAGUAAAGUUUUUUUUCAGGAGACAAUUAGUAACAUUUUAUGCACUGCGGCGCUGUGGCUGUUCAAUAAUUCAUGGUGUGACCCUGCAGCUUAGAAUUGCUGAGCUAGUCAAAAAGCUUCUCUGUAGUAACUCACCUACUGCCACUGACUAACAACUAAUCACCUUUUCCAGCUUUUCUGGCCAACUAAUCAAUGUUUUCUUAUCUCUCUUCUUUUAACACAUCUUCACCUUCUGUCGCUUCUGCUUUGCAUCUUCUCUUGCAUCAACCCGCCAACCACCACUUGGUCGC